GCAGGAAAACUGUGCUGUAUUAAUCUCAACGUCUGAUGUGGUGUUAUGUUAUUGCUCUUAGCUGCCAAAGACAAACUUCUGUAAUUGUUAAUUAACAAUGUACCAAUUAUAGUAAGAACUUUUAACACAUGUGUUAAUAUUUGUGAUGUGUUAAUAUAUUGUCUUUGUCAACUUAUACCCCUCUCUUGAAGGGAAAUUUAUUUUGGAGAAAAAUGAAUGUCUUAAAAAUUAUGAAGUCAGAAGGACUACAUAGAGAAUCCAAAAUUGGACAAAUUGGUCCUUAUCCACUUUAUGUGAAAAGUUUUGAAUCACUAAUAGACAACAACAAAGUGUCUGAUGAGGUCAUGGAUGCCUUGUUUCACCUGUUCAGCAUGAGGCAACCUGAUGUUCUGGCUAUUAAUACUCACACCCUGACUGAUAUUCUUGAAGGGAGACCAAGAGCAAGGAGCCGUUAUUUUACCAAGAGGAACAUCUUUGAAAACAUAAAGGAGAUUAUCGGUCCCUAUCUGGAGUGUGGGAAUCACUGGACCUUUUUUCACUGCAGUAUUGUUGAUCAUAGUAUUACUUACUUAAAUUCACUGGGGGAAGAAGAUGAACAGUACUACAAAUUAGCAGAAAAUUGGAGCAUAUUUGCUGCAUCAAAAGGCUACCGGGGACCGUGGAAAAGAACAAAGAGGAACCAUACCCUUCAGAAUGACACUAUUUCCUGUGGCGUUUUUACAGCAGUGUUUGCUGAGGCUUUUUUAGGUGACACAAGGGGCUAUCUUGCUUGCUCGCCUGUACUGCAGGAGAGAGAACGACUGGGGCUAUUUCUAUUCAGUUCACUUGAUAGGUCUGGUAUUUGUGGUAUUUGUCACAGGAUGGCAUCUAGAAAGAUCCAGGAAAAAUGUUCAACUUGUUCAGUACGUAUUCAUACAAAAUGUCUACCUGGAAAUCAAGAGGAUGCCAGGUGCAUUUUUUGCAAAGGGGGAUUUCUGGUGGAAAGUGUUUUGAAGGUUUCAGACUUUAACCAAGCAAAAAGAUACCUGGUUACAUCAGAAGAACUGCAAAGGAGAUGCUCCCUACCAGAAUGCUACUCUGCAAACACAGUAGUGGCCUACCUACGUAAGGCCAAGGGCCAAAAACAGAAAAUUACAGAGAAGUUGGUGGAGUUGGAGGUGACGCCCUCAAAGCGCACAAAGUUAACUUCAAAGUGCUCAAAACUUUGUGAAGAUGAAUGCAGUGAUCUGGCUGGUGAUUUAACAUACUUGGCAGCAAAAUUCAUUCCCCAGAAAAAGGUGGCUCAAGCCUUGUUGGAAGAGGGGAAUUUCAAACAGCCAUGGCCAAAACAGAAGACUGCAGGAAGACAUUGAAAGCUGUACAAAAUGCUUUAGAGUCUAAUUGGGAAACAUAUGAUCUGGCAACACAUGGUCUUGGGCCUGCUGUUAUAAAAGGCACCUUUUCAUUAAUUGAUUCAUGCCUUAAAGAGAAAAUGAGAGCACUAAAAUCAAAAGACUCAACAGAUAAGUAAGGCUUUUUUGCACUUUAUUGUUAAAUUGUUCAAAUGCUUAAAUGUUAAUGUACACAAUCCAGAAGUAUAAUAAAAAUACAAAACAUUAUCUGUGUGUGUUUUUUUUUUACAAUUUUAAAUGCUAGAAAUAUGUACAACAAAUACUUAACACACACAAACAUAGACAUACUAGCCUGCUUAUAAUGCCUUUGAGAAACAUUAAAUGUGAAAUUAGCAACCAGCAGUUAAUUUUUCCCAGAUUGUCUUAUCAGAUUUUUUUGCAUCUGCAAAUCAUAAAUUGUAUAUACAAAGGAAAACUCUUUAAUUUUUAUUUAGCCUUUUUCUUUUUUUUUUUUUUUACAAAUGUAAUUCUUGGUGAGUACAUGUCUGGCCUUUUUAAUCUGUUGUCGAUAGGCAUGCAGGACAGUUAUUUUUCUUUUUCUUGACUGAAUGCUGAAGUUUGAAAAAACUACUUUGUGUGCCCUCUCUAACAUCUUGUACAGCUCCUUGUUUUCAGUGUACAUGUCUGAUUGACUCCAUCCAAGAAGGUCUGUUAACAUGGCCUGGAGUUUGGCUUUUGGUGUUUGAUUUGGUGUUUUCUGGCAAUCUGAAUGAUUCACAAUCAACUCACAGGGUGUCUGUGAAACGUAGAGGAUGUUGUGAACCAAAAUAUGUGAGAAAAAGUGGCGUCUGCGCCUAAUGUCUAUAUUAUAUGCCCGGUGCGUAACUCCAAGGGAAAUGAAUAUAAUGGUAAAAAAGAGACCGCACUC